AUGUUUUCGCGUUUCUUGCAACCCUCAGCCAACGGCAGUCCGAGUCACCAACGCGAAGCGAGCGGCCUGAGCCAUGCAGCGCCAGUCAGUCAAUUUGGCCAGCCGACUCUGCAAUACAGCUCGACUCCGAGUCUCACCUCGACCGCCAACCUGUCCGGUCCCAACAAUACGGGCAACAGUGCAAAUCGUGGGAUGGCCGAGACCGGAAUGCCCAAAGACGACACGGUUGUGUGCCACACCAGCCGAUAUGGCCUCAUUGAACCGGAAGUCGAGACGUGCCAACCGCCUCUGAGCCCGUUUGCUAGACUCGACGCUGGUACAGCUACAGCUGCCGCCACUGCAGCUGCCAUGGCAGCCGCUCUUUUCCCAAGAGGCACUUUGCCCAUUCUCAUACCUCUCAACACUGGACUUGCCUGGCCGACGUCAGAUGGACCAAUGACUCCGUCGAUGGCAACCACGACGACCACUGGUGACCAGACCUUCGUGCCCGCCUUGGUGACUAUCUCGCGCCAGUCGGACGGCCCGGUCGCUCAGGCGGGCAUGGAAACACGCAAUGACCUGAUUCCUUCUUUCUCAGCCACCUCGGAGAUAUCCGGCUUUCCACAACCCUUUUUCACCCUCCAC